UCUCUUGAAGUUACUGAAUGUUGGUACUUCCAAAUUUUCUAACCGCAAAAAACACCCAUUAAUUUUUUAGUUUUUCCAAAAAAAACACGUAUCGUUUGCAUAAACGCCUCAAAAUGGGUGAUUCGAAAAAAACAGCCCCUUGUGUGUACAGCCGAGACAACGACAAGUGCCAAGAUGAGAAAUUGCUACAACCGUUCACUUACAUCAUGCAAACUCCGGGGAAGAACAUCCGGUCGAAAUUAGCUCGAGCUUUCAACUAUUGGUUGAAUAUCAGUGAAGAGAAGCUGAAGGCGAUUGAGGAGAUAGUUGAAAUGAUGCAUAACGCUAGUCUCCUUUUGGAUGAUAUCCAGGAUAAUUCAAUACUGAGAAGAGGAGUACCUGUAGCUCACUCAAUUUAUGGGGUUCCUAGCACCAUAAAUGCCGCCAAUUAUGUCAUUUUUAUUGCAUUGCAAAGAGUUUUAGAACUGAAUCACCCUGAAGCGGUAAGUGUCUACACACAACAAGUUUUGGAGCUCCACAGAGGUCAAGGCAUGGAAAUUUAUUGGCGAGACAGCUACACCUGUCCCACGGAAGAUGAAUACAAACAGAUGACGAUUAGAAAAACUGGGGGCCUUUUUAUGUUAGCAAUUAGAUUAAUGCAACUAUUCAGUGAAAAUAAGGCUGAUUAUACCAAACUAACGGGGAUUUUGGGACUGUUUUUCCAAAUUCGGGACGAUUUUCUAAACCUAUAUUCUAAAGAUUAUAUGUUACACAAGAGCUAUUGCGAGGACCUAACUGAGGGCAAAUUUAGUUUUCCGAUAAUUCACGCAAUUCACAGCCAACCAAAUGAUAAUCAAGUAAUUCAUAUUUUAAGGCAAAGAACUAAAGACAAUGAAGUAAAGAAAUACUGCGUUUCGUUGCUUGAGAAAUACGGAAGUUUUGAUUACACGAAGAAAGUGUUGGCAGAACUGAAGCAAGAGGCCCAAGAUGAAGUUGAUAAGUUGGGGGAAAACCCGUACAUGGCCGAAGUAAUGGAGUAUAUUUUUAAGUUGGAAUAAUUUUUUCAUGAUCAAAUUAAAUUAUUGUGAUAUCUAUAUUAAGUUGCUACAAUAAACACUAUUUCAUCGAU